AUGAAAGUUGGUUGGUGUCUGAUGUGCGCAGUAAUUUUACAUACUGUGGUCAAUUUUAUUGGGAACCAAUAAACCCUACUGUGUGGUUUUGAAGUGGAUCCAAGUCUUCAGCUUCCUCUGUUCCUGGUGUUUCUCCUCAUCUAUCUUAUAACUCUGACUGGGAACCUUCUCAUCCUUCUCCUGAUCUUCACUGAUUCCCAUCUUCACACCCCCAUGUACUUCUUCCUUGGAACCCUGGCAUGUCUGGAUAUGAGUUACUCCUCAGUCACUGUCCCAAGAAUGCUCUUUGAUUUACUCACAGGUAGAAGGGUCAUUUCUGUGCAACACUGUAUAACUCAGAUCUACUUCUUUCUCUUUUUUGCUGUAUCAGAGAUGUCUGUGCUGGCAGUGAUGUCCUAUGACAGAUACAUUGCCAUCUGCCGCCCUCUUCACUACAUGCAGAUAAUGAGCUGGGAAGUUUGUGUUCAGCUUGUAUCAGGCAUUUUGAGUUUUGCUUCAAUAUAUACCUUGCUGCACACUCUGUUUUUAGCCAAACUGACAUUUUGCAGGCCUGAUGCUUUGCAAAGUUUCUUUUGUGACCUGCCCCAGUUGCUUCAGAUCUCCUGUAGUGACACAUUCAUCAAUGUAUUGCUUAUAUUCCUAUCUGGGAUAUUGUAUGGAGGUGUUGCUUUAUCAGUUAUCAUUUUCCCUUAUAUCACUAUAAUCAGAACUGUUCUCAAAAUCCCAUCAAAAGCCAUGAGAUCCAAAGCUUUCUCCACCUGCUCCUCCCAUCUAACUGUGGUCUUUAUAUUUUACAGUACUAUUAUCUUCAAUUACUUCCGCCCAAAUGCAAAGUAUCAUUUGACAGAGGACAAAGUGGCUUCUAUAUUUUAUUCAACAUUAACCCCAUUUUUAAAUCCUCUGAUCUACAGUCUGAGGAACCAGGAACUCAAAACCUCAUUGAGAAGAAUGUUACAGACUGUAAAUUUUUCAGGGGGCAAGGUUGCCCAAACUAUGUGA